AUGUGUGUCUGUCGCCACUGCCGUCGCAUGUCUCGGCCCAGUUUUCGUUUCCUGAGGCAUUUCCAAGCUUCCAUUUUUACAAACCCAGAAAAGGGUUUGCUGAAAAAAACUAAUUGGGGGAAUUCAAACUCGGGAACCAUCUUAACGCCCAAGAAUUUGAGUUUGAGGCCAAGGUCUUCAGAUCACGCACUCCGCAAACGUAACGUGGAGAUGACGAUUCUGGGUCGCCACGGAAAGGUCAAAGAAGCAAGGAAGCUGUUCGAUGAAAUGCCUCACCGAGAUGCCGUUUCUUACAACACCAUGAUCACCGUUUAUUUAAUGAACAAGGACCUAAUCGGUGCUGAAAGGGUUUUCAAGGCAAUGCCACAUAGAAACGUUGUUGCUGAAUCCGCAAUGAUUGAUGGGUAUGCUAAAGUUGGUCGCUUGGACGAUGCCCGCGAGGUGUUUGAUAGUAUGACACAGAGGAAUGCAUUCUCCUGGACCAGUUUGAUUUCUGGAUAUUUUGGUUGUGGAAGAAUUGAGGAGGCUUUGCACUUGUUUGAUCAAAUGCCUGAGAGAAACGUUGUCUCUUGGACUGCAGUGGUUUCAGGUUUUGCUCGCAAUGGGAUGAUGGAUCAUGCUCAGAAGUAUUUUGAUCUCAUGCCUGAAAAGAAUGUCAUAACUUGGACAGCAAUGGUCAAGUCAUAUCUUGACAAUGGCUGCUUCAGUGAGGCUUAUAAGCUCUUUGCUAAAAUGCCUGAGAGGAAUGUUCGAUCUUGGAACAUCAUGAUAUCGGGUUGUCUGAAUGCCAAUAGGGUGAAUGAGGCUAUAUAUUUGUUUGAAUCAAUGCUGGAUAGGAAUCAUGUUUCGUGGACAGCUAUGGUUUCGGGUUUGGCACAAAACAAGAUGAUUGGGGUUGCAAGGGAGUAUUUUGAUCACAUGCCUAAUAAAGAUGUGGCUGCAUGGACUGCAAUGAUCACUGCAUAUGUUGAUGAGGAGCUCAUGGAUGAAGCUCGUGAGCUUUUCAACUUGAUGCCAGAGAAGAAUGUUGGGAGUUGGAACAAAAUGAUUGAUGGUUUUACAAGGAAUGGUGGGGUAGGAGAAGCCUUAAGGUUAUUUGUUUUGAUGCUAAGAUCUUGCUUUAGACCUAAUGAAACCACUAUGACUAGCGUAGUAACUUCCUGUGAUGGCAUGGCGGAGCUCAUGCAAGCUCAUGCAAUAGUUAUACGGCUUGGGUUUGAGCAUGACACCUGGCUUGCAAAUGCUCUUAUUACUUUGUAUUCCAGAAGUGGGGAUCUUUGUGCUUCGAGGCUUGUUUUUGAGCUACUAAAGUCAAAAGAUGUGGUGUCAUGGACUGCAAUGAUAGUAGCCUACUCGAAUCAUGGACAUAGUCACCAUGCCUUACAGGUAUUCGCACGCAUGCUAAUAUCUGGAAAUGAGCCAGAUGAGGUUACCUUUGUGGGACUCUUAUCAGCAUGUAGCCAUGCUGGUCUUGUCAAACAAGGUAGAAAACUGUUUGACUCAAUCAAGGGUACUUAUAACUUAAAUCCUAAGGCUGAGCAUUAUUCCUGCCUUGUAGACAUUCUAGGUAGAGCAGGACUUGUAGAUGAAGCAAUGGAUGUAGUAUCUACUAUCCCUCAUUCUGAGAGGGAUGAAGCUGUUCUUGUGACAUUGCUUGGUGCAUGCAGGCUUCAUGGGAACGUUACAAUAGCCAAUUCUAUUGGUGAGAAGCUAUUAGAGCUAGAGUCAUAUAGUUCUGGGGGAUAUGUACUACUAGCCAAUACAUAUGCUGCAGAAGGUCAGUGGGAUGAGUUUUCACAUGUAAGGAAAAGAAUGAGAGAGAGAAAUGUGAAGAAAAUUCCAGGAUAUAGUCAAAUACAAAUAAAAGGAAAAAAUCAUGUAUUUGUUGUUGGGGAGAGAUCUCAUCCCCAGGUUGAGGAAAUUUAUGGAUUAUUGCAACAGAAUCUUCAACAUUUGACGAGGGAAAUGGGUUAUACACCAAAGAACUCAUUGCUAGUAGAUUAG